CUCCCUAUCAAUUUGUGCCUCUCCAUUCCUCAUAUCUCCAAAGAUGUUGACUGUGGGAUCUGUGGCCACCGACCUCCGCCUUGGCAUUGUCAUCCUGUCCCUUCUUCUCGUCCUCCGGCCUUUGCUCUCAGAGGAGAAGUGCCACUCGGACGACAAGAAGGCUCUGCUGAAGAUCAAGAAAGCCUUUAAUAACCCCUACCUACUGGCCUCGUGGCAGCCCAACAUAGACUGCUGCACUUGGUACUGCGUGAAGUGCGAUGAUGUCACCAACCGUAUCAUCGAGAUAUUCAUUUCUGACGGGGACCUCCCAGGUCAAAUUCCUGAUGCCAUCGCUGACCUCCCUUACCUCAAGAGCAUAUCCUUCCACAAAGUUACCAAAUUCUCUGGCCCCAUCCCUUACUCCAUCACCAAGGUCAAGUACCUCGAUUUCCUGAGAAUCAGCUAUGCCAACCUCACAGGCACCAUCCCGGAAUUCCUCGGCCAGCUCAAAAACCUUACUUACCUGAACUUGUCCUAUAACAACCUCACUGGCCCAAUCCCCAGCUCACUCGGGCAGAUCCCAAAGCUCGGCUACAUUGGCCUGGACCAGAACAAGCUUACGGGGACUAUCCCACCCUCGCUGGUCAACCUUAAGGGCAGCGAACUCUAUUUGAUCCUGUCCCACAACCAGCUCUCUGGAGAGAUCCCAGCCUCAUUUCAGGAUAUUGACUUUGGGAAGAUCGACCUGUCCCGGAACAAGCUCCAAGGAGACAUAUCCAUGCUGUUCGGGUACAAGAAGACCACGUAUAUGAUGGAUUUCUCGAGGAACAUGUUCGAGUUCAACAUGUCAAAGCUUCAUGUGCACCAGAGCUUAGUAUAUCUGGACAUCAACCAUAACAGGGUUUUUGGGAGUAUUCCAGAGGUGAUGACUAAAUUGGCACUGCAGUCAUUCAAUGUGAGCUACAAUAGGCUGUGUGGUAAGAUUCCUCAAGGUGGAAGAUUGCAGACUCGAUUUGAUUACUCUGCUUACUUCCAUAACCGGUGCUUGUGUGGGUCUCCUCUCGAUGUUGCCUGCAAGUAAAUUACCCCAGUCUAAUUAUAUCGGUCAUCUGAUUGCUCAGGAAUACAGUUCAUGAAGUUCGACGCACUAGACCCGCCUAUCCUAGUAUUUCCUUUUCUUUUAAUGAAACUGAAUCAAAUUUCUGGUUUUCCUUCUUGAUAGUAUUAAUGUAUGAGUUGGGCUAUGGCUUCUGUUAAAUGUGUUCAAGAGUUGAGCACACACACCUCGUCUGGUAACAAGAGGUGCUGGGUUCGAUUCUCGUUAUGCGAGUACCCCUUUAUUUAGUUUUCCUUUCCAUUUCCUUCUACUACGCCCAUGAACCUCCUUUGUAACCGAAAAAAAAAAGUGUUCAAGCGUUCGCUA